AUGACCCUGGGACGGAUAACCCUGGGACGGAAAACAAUGUCCGCGCACCCCGUGUCUCUCCGAAUCCGCCGCCGGCUGGGCGCCGCCUUCCUCUCGGUGUUGCCGGCGCUGCCGGUUGCCGCCCAGCCGCCCGAGGGUCCCCCGCCCUGGCAGGAUCCACCGCCCUGGCAGGACCCGUUGGUCUUCCAGAUCGGCCGCGAGCCGCCCCGGGCCUCCUUCACGCCGUUUCCGGCCGCCGAUGCAGCCAUCGAAGGCCGUCCCGAGGACUCGCCCCGCCGGGUCUCUCUGAACGGCGACUGGAAGUUCCACUUCGUCCCCCGCCCCGCCGACCGGCCCGAGGGGUUCUUCGAGCCGGACUUCGACGACUCCUCCUGGGACGAGAUCCCGGUGCCCUCGAACUGGGAACUGCUCGGCUACGGCUAUCCCGUGUAUCGGGACGAGUCCUAUUCGUUCCCGGCGAACCCGCCCUUCGUGCCGGAAGACGACAACCCGGUGGGUUCCUACCGGCGCGCCUUCGGGGUCCCCGAGCGGUGGGAGGGCAACGAGAUCUUCCUUCGCUUCGACGGGGUCUACUCCGCGUUCUACGUCUGGGUGAACGGCGCCUUCGUCGGCUACAGCGAGGGAAGCCGGACGCCGGCCGAGUUCCGGAUCACCGAACAGGUCACGACCGGAACGAACACGCUCGCGGUGCAGGUCAUUCGCUGGAGCGACGGCAGCUAUCUGGAGAGCCAGGACUUCUGGCGGAUCAGCGGCAUCGACCGCGAGGUUUCCCUCCUCGCCCGGCCGCCGACCUUCCUGCGGGACUUCUCGGCGAACGCCGACCUGGUCACGGGAUACCGCGACGGCAUCGUGGACUUCAGCGCGAGCGUCGCGAAUCGGGGGCUCGGUGAGGCGGGGGCCUACGAAGUCCGCUACGAGUUGUUCGAUCCGGACGACAACCCGGUCUGGGGCGGCCCCCGGGAGCUGCGGCUCGACGUGCCGUCCGGGGGCGAGGCAUCCAUGGGGGCCACCGAGACGAUCCCCGAUGUCCGCGCCUGGUCCGCCGAGACCCCGCAUCUCUACCGGCUGGUGCUGUCGCUCGUCGGCGCGGACGGUCGGGUGGCCGAAGCCACCGCGGUCCGGAUCGGGUUCCGGCGGAUCGAGACGGCGGACGGCGAGCUGCUGCUGAACGGACGGCCCAUCGUGCUCCGGGGAGUGAACCGGCACGAGCACGACCCCGAGCGGGGACACGUGGUGGACGAGGACUCGAUGCUGGAAGACAUCCGGCUCAUGAAGCUUCUGAACAUCAACGCGGUGCGGACGGCCCACUACCCGAACCUGCCCCGCUUCUACGAGCUGACCGACGAGCACGGGCUCUACGUGGUGGACGAACCCAACAUCGAGUCGCACGGCAUGGGCUACUUGCCCGAGGUGACGCUCGCGGGGCGUCCCGAGUGGCGGGACGCCCAUCUCGACCGCACCGAGCGGAUGGUCAUCCGCGACCGGAACCAUCCAUCGGUGAUCGUCUGGUCGCUCGGCAACGAGGCCGGCGACGGGGAGAACUUCGACGCCACCUCCGAGUGGAUCCGCGAGUUCGACCCCUGGCGUCCGAUCCUCUACGAACCGGCGGGCGAACGCGACAUCGUGGACAUCGUGGCGCCCAUGUACGUCCGUCCCUACUGGCUCGAGCACUACGCGGCGUCGGGGUCGGAAAAGCCCUUCCUGCUGGUCGAAUACGCCCACGCCAUGGGAAACAGCGUCGGGAACCUGGCCGAUUACUGGGAGGUGAUCGACAGCGACCCGAAGUUGGUGGGCGGCUUCAUCUGGGACUGGGUGGACCAGGCGAUCCUGCGGGAAGACGAAUCCGGGCGCCCGUUUUGGGCCUACGGAGGCGACAUCGGGCCGGCGGGGAUCCCGACCGACGGCAACUUCCUCGUGAACGGCCUGGUUUCCGCCGACCGCAAGCCCCACCCGCACGCCUUCGAGGUGAAGAAGGUCUAUCAGCCGGUCCGGAUCCGGGCGCUCCACGCCCGGUCGGGGCUGAUCGAGGUCGAGAACCGGCGCGCCUUCACGGAUCUCUCCGACCUCGCGGGAAGCUGGCAACUCACGGCGGACGGGGUGGUGCUCGCCGAGGGAACCGUGCCGCCGCUCGAGAUCCCGCCGGGCGCCGCGGAGGCCGUCACCUUCGACAUUCCGGAGACCGAGAUCGAACCCCUGAUGGAGCGGCUGCUCACCGUCCGCUUCCGGACCCGGGAGGACGGGCCGCUGGUCCCGGCCGGCCACGAGGUGGCCUGGGAGCAGUUCUUCGUGGACGUGCCGGCGGAAGGCGAGGAGGAAGAUCCGGAAGCGGAGCCGGAGGAGGAAGAACCCCCGCCUCCGGAGCCGCCCCCGAUCGAGCCGAUGAGGGUGCGGGAGUCGGAGGACGCGGUCACGAUCAACGGCCGGGGGUUCACGGUUGCGUUCGACCGGGAGCUCGGCACCCUCAGUUCCUUCCGGGCAGGCGGGCGGGAACUGGUGAGUUCCGGGCCGGCCCCCAACUUCUGGCGGGCGCCCACCGACAACGACUACGGGAACGGCUUUCCGGCGCGUUCCGGGGUCUGGAAGGCGGCGGGGAGCCCGCCGGCGCGCGUGCUCGAGGCCGUCCUGGUGCGCGAGGACGCCGACCGGCGCCGGGUCGAGGUGGAGAGCCGGUUCUCACUCCGUUCGGUCGAUGCCUUCUACACGCUGCUGCACGAGGUCUUCGGGGACGGCACGGUGGCGGUCUCCGCGCGGCUUUCCGGCGUGAGCGAGGACCUGCCCGAGAUGCCGCGGUUCGGGACGCUCUUCACGCUGCCCGGGUCGCUGAGCCAGGCGGAGUGGUACGGACGCGGGCCCCACGAGAACUACUGGGACCGCCGGACCGGGGCCGCGGUCGGCCGCUACCGGGCGGCGGUGUCCGAACUCGCCCACCCCUACGUCCGCCCGCAGGAGACGGGCACGCGGAGCGACGUGCGCUGGGCGGCGCUCACCGACGAGGCGGGGACGGGACUCCUGGUCAUCGGGUUGCCCCAUCUGUCGUUUUCCGCGCUGCCCUACCGGAUCUCCGAUCUCGACGGCGGCGAGACGAAGAGCCGGACCCACUGGGCCGAAGUCGAGCCCCGGGGCGAGAUCACGCUCGCGGUGGACUUCCGCCAGGCCGGGGUCGGCGGCGACGACUCCUGGGGCGCGGUCCCGCACCGGGAAUACACGCUCUGGCCGCAGAACCUGGAGUACCGGUUCCUGAUGCGCCCGCUCGGUCCCAGCGACGAUCCGGGGGUGCUGGCGCGGCUCGUCCUCCCCGACGAGGCCGCCGAGACGGAGGUGUACGCCCGCUCCCUCGAGCUCCACGACUUCGCCGAGCGGAACCUGGCGGCGCAUCUCGCCCGGGGGGUGACGGCGGAAGUGGAUCCGCCCCAGUCGUCCCCCUAUUCGGCGGCCGGCGACGCCGGGCUCACCGACGGCGUCCGGGGUUCGGUGGACCGCCGCGGCGGGCACUGGCAGGGCUACCGGACCGACGAGGUCAGCGCCCGGCUGGACCUCGGGCCGGCGCAGCCGGUCUGGUCGGUGAAGCUGUCCUUCCUCCAGCACCCGGGUUCCGGGGUGUACUUCCCCCGGCGGGUGGAGGUCGCGACGAGCCUCGACGGGGAGUCGUGGUCCGAGCCGGUGGCGCGCGAGGUGGCGGAUCCGCGGACGCCGGAGCCGACGUCCCCGACGGUGGCCGCAGACGGAUCACCGUCCCGCUCGCCGGCGACGAGGCGCGCUUCGUGCGGGUCCGGAUCACCGGCCUCGGCGAGGUCCCCGCCCCCUGGCCGACGGUCCCCGACGGCGCGCCGGCGGGAGGGAGAGACCGCCUGGAUCUACCUGGACGAGAUCAUCGUGCGGUAA